AUGCUCGACGAUGUCGUUAAGACAUACAAGACGGCCGAGAUGGGCACCAUCUCACGACACCAACUCAGCUUCGUCAUCAAGAGAUAUCUCGCCUUGUUUGACAACCCGCAGUGGCGCACUUUGGAGGAUGUGGUUGAGUUCAACAGGAGACAUGCCGACAUUGAAUUGCCUCCAGAAGUGCUUGAGAACGGGCUCAAGAAUAACACCACCGAUGAGGAGUAUCACAGAUCCUUAGAUUAUUUACGACGGAGCGUGCGGGAGACGAUGGAGAAGCUCUGGGCGGAAACCGGGACGGACGUCAUCAUGGCCUCGGGCGAGUCGAACUUGACGACCACCGCUGCAGCGGCAGGUUACCCCAUCGCCAGUGUCCCUCUGGGAUUUUCCACCUUCAACGGUAGACCGUAUGGCUUAGAGAUUGUUGCCAGAAAUGGCAUUCCAGACACGCACCCCCUGCUGGACUCGUCUGUUUGUCCGCUGAGCUCCAGCUCUACAAUCGUCUCCUUCGAGCCGGAUGUCAAGGCACCGUUUGAUGCCAUCCGGUCUCUCUUCGAUUAUCUCCGGGCCAACCCUGAGAAUGCAUCCUCCCUCAAUGCUACUUAUCCCCAGCGCGGAAUUUUCAAGACCGCUGCCACACACAAUGCUGCUUCUGACCAGAAGUUCACCAUCGACUUGUCACCGGCCCGUAAUGGUCGAAUUCCGGAGGAUCUGCGGAACGCCCUAGCUGCAGCCGGAUUUAACGACGUGUUGGACUUCUUUGACGCUGUCAACGACACCUACGUCAUGCCUAUUCUGUCUGCCUUAUCUGAACUUGCCGGCGCUGAUCUCCACAAAGUCCAUAAGCGCGGCAAUAUCAACUACCGUCUGUGCGACUACAAUCCGGAUACUGCAGACCCCAAGAGCGACAAUGGUUGCGGUGCCCAUACUGACUACGGCACCUGUAGCAUCAUUUUCCAAGAUGGAACACCAGGACUGGAAAUGGAGGAUUCAGAGCGACCUGGAGUCUGGGUCCCCGUGCCUGCAGAUGCCACCGUCGUCCUCGCUGGUUGGUGCGCUGUCAUUCUUAGCGGCGGCUGUAUCAAAGCAACCCGUCACCGGGUCAGGAGGAUUCCUGGCGUGCGCAGACUCAGUGCCGUUCUCUUUGUGGCUCCGGAUCUUGAUAUCAACCUACAGCCCCUGGAGGGCGUGAAGGUUGCCCGGCCCUUCUCGGAGAAAGUCAUGACCUGUGAGGUUAACGUUGGAUGGUUCAAGGAGGUCAUGGGAAAGAAGUGGAGACGCCGCGAAGGUAACGAAGAGUUGGAAGAAGGGGAAGACACAGCAACACAAGAUAGUGACAUUGAGAAGGUGAUCUGGCGUUGAUAGCGCUAUGCAGGAUCUUUGGAUACGAUCUCCCGGGGGCAUCGAAGCCAAUGAUGACACUCUGGCCCGAAAUAGUCCUCAAUGAGACCUAACACGUACGCUCUCGCAUCCCUAGCCUACCAUAUAU